AUGAACGAGAGCGUGGCCGCCAAGCUGCGCGAAGUCACCAAGAUCGUCCAGAUGACGCCAGAUCUCCCCGUGCCGCCGAUCCCAGAACCGCCCAAACGCACGGGAAAAGCCAACACUAACGUUCGGACUAAGAUGGCCGCGAUUCAAGCAUACAUGAAUGCGCUUGAGUACAACUACACUGGCAAGCUGUACUUUGAUGUGAGCAAGAACCGCAGCCACAAGAGCAUCUACGGCACGGCCAAGGACAUCAUUCACGACGCAUUGCCGAUUCAGUGCCUGGAAGCAGUGUUCGUCGCAGCUUACCUUACUGCAGGAGGGCCCGAGUACGAAGGCGCGACGUUCAACCACCAGAUCGAUCGGAUUCCCAUCAGUUUCAAGACGCUGUCCGGUGGCACUAUAUUCCGGCAUAUCGUCCUCGCCAUCAAGUAUCAGCACUUGUGGGGCGCUCUUGGUCUCAGCCGAAGCCCUGGUCUCAUGAACAAGGACCUAAAAUUCAAGAGCCUCAGCGAACUCGUUUGCAACUACAUCGAGAACUACAACGCUGUGCGCCAUGACGUGGUCAAGAUCUACGUCGGUUUUCCCUUUAGCCACGAUAUUCACUCAACCGAGCGCGUGGAGUGGCGGGUGCUCAACAUCAAGACGAAUAUUCAUCCGUGGGACGACGUGGCAGCCCAGCUCGAUCUGUGGGAAUAUUCCGAGCUCAUGAGCCAUCUCCAUCGCGUCGGCGAGCUACCAGAAUACUUUGCCGACAAGUUUUUCCUGCACAAACCACCCAAGCGGUCGCAGUCGCCGUCACGGAGGCCCCUGCGCUCGUCGUUUGAAUGCGAGUCUUUUGCGAGUGUCGACGUCGCGCCCGACGCCGCCGUCGUGUCCAAGCUGCCGGACCUGCUCCUGCGCGUGACGCCCGAGGUGCUGCACUUCAAACAAGCCCCACUCGCGGCGUCCCCCUCGGCGGACGAGAACAACCGACCACCGUUGCGCCCCAACGACCUCGUCGAGUUCGCCUCGGCCAACCUUUUUUUGAACAACGUGUCGCUCGUCCACCACCUCGUCGUCUACGUCAUUGUGUACGAGUCCUUGCAAGUCCUGGGAAAAUCCCUUGUGGCCAUUCCAGGGGACACCCAGCAGCGCAAGGGGUGCGCCUUCCGCCUCAAGCCGGGUUCGAUGACGUCGACGGCGAUCCGCCUUAUCCUCCCGGCUGCUGCUGCCGAUGACGCCAGCACUCGCACGGCGUUCCAUGUCCAGUAUGUCGUCGUGGAAGCGGGGACGGACUCCCCCGUGUCGGUGCCGGACGCGGGCGUGCUGGAUCGAGCCACCAUCACGAUUCCGUACGACUGGAAAAAGCACUGACAAUGUGUACUUCGACCACGAUAAACCUAAUUAUAGAAACAACGUGCCAUUCA